AGAGCAUUUUCAUAUACAUCAUGUGUAUCCAGCGAUUGAACUGUCCUCUGGUCACCCUUCCACGUGGAGAGCCUUUCCCAUUAUCACGCCAGCGCGAUCUCUACAAAAAUUACGUUCAAAAUGUUCUCUCGACGCAACAAAGGAAACCGUCCUGCUCGUGGCUCAUCUUCGCAUCCACCGCACCCACAGGCCCAUUCGGAGUCCCAUGUUCCGCAGGUCCGUGUCACCGAUGCCCAAAUAUCGCCUGAUCACGACAACUACCGCCGCGAUCAGCUCGGAGUGCCGGCAGGAUCUUAUCCUGAGCCCGAAGUGGCUGCUCAGAGUGAUCGCAAGAAACCAGCAUCUCUAAUGAGGAGGAUCCGCGAGAAACUGAGUCCUGUCCGCAACAAGCCUAGCACUCCUGAAUCUCAUGGGCCAUCAAGGCCAACUACUCCAUUCCUUCAGCCAUCCGGGGAUGAUGCGGUGCCACCUCCAUCUCCCCGCACCCCUACCGCGUAUGUUGAUGAUCCUCGUGAAUCAUCUGGGACGCAUGCCACGCCUGACAAUCGGCCGAAUAUCUAUGCCCAAUUGGAGCGUGAGGAUGUCAUCGUACCUUUCGUAUCGGAUCCCACGACGGUGCCAUCGGCCAACUCAGGGAGUGAUCGAAAAAAAGUAAUCAUCGGUGCUACAAGGCUGGUUCUACAAAAUGCAGCCGACGCUCUUAAAUUCGUCCCGAUUGCGAAUCUUGAUGCAAUUCCGAAUUUACUUCUGACGUGGCUCCAGGUUUACGAGGUUAACUGUUGGCGGAAACGACGAUGAACUCGAAGGAUUGGAUGAUCACAUUCGAAAGGCUUAUACCACCAUUUUGCAGCCGCUCGAGCUGUCGACAGACCAAAUUCCCCCAGAAGUGAUUCAGUUUAUUAAAGGAUUU